AUGCCUGGCAAACAUCUGAAAGAAAUCAAGGAAUCGCUGGAGAAAGGGAAUUUCAAUGGUGUGACCAUCAAUCCAGAGAGUACAAAAGGCCAAGUGAGGAUAAAUCUCCCUCAAUUUUAUCAAAGUUUGGUGGAUAAUUUACGCUCCAGACUCUUUGCUUUAACUGCGAGCAACAGACCUGCAGCUUCAUCACAGUCAGGUGAAUUUGAAACUCUUGUCUCUGAAAUUGACAUCCUGAAUUCACAACGCUGGCCAAUCAAUGUGGACAGUCCAUGGUUUGAAGGUGAAGUGAAGCUGGAGCAGCUGUGCAAAAAAUUCUGUUUCAGCUAUGCAUCCAUCGGUGAAGGUUUCAGAGACUACAUUGAUAAUGGUGGUGCAGAGAUUCCUGAAAAUCUAAAACCAGUGGUGACAGCAGUUAACAGUGUUCCAGUGACAUCCGAUGAUUGUGAAAGGGGCUACAGUACAAUGAAUUUGGUGAUUUCACCCAUUAGGAGUGGGCUUCGCAUUGAACACCUGUCUUCUCUUUUGUUUAUUAGUCUCAUUGGGCCUCCUGUGCAUUUAUGGGAUCCUUUACCAUACGUCACAAAAUGGCUGACCACACAUUGCAGCGCAG